AUGAUUGUCAAUGCGUCCGUUUAUUACAGUGAUAAAACUCUUUGGAAAAGCUGGAAAACCAUGGUGACUGGAAUGGUUUAUUCCAAAGACACCUACAAAGGAAUGACUCCAAACUUUUGUCAGGAUCAGCUUCCGAAUUUGGUUCAGACAGUUGAAUCGAUUGAUUUGAUAAGCACCGCAUUCGAUGUGAUAUCGAUGUCAAAGUACGACGAUCCCCCGUUUGCUUUCUUCAACCACACCCAGUUGUUCACUUUUCAGCAUUACUAUCUCCCUUACAAUUUCAGGGUUUCGAAGAGUACGACACAUCGAAUGUGGCAAGAAAUGAAAGAGAUCGAACUUCCAAAAACACCGAACCAUGAUCGAAAAGAGCUCGUGAAUGCUUUAUGGAAAAUGUUGUGCAAG